CUUUCCAAUCAUCGUUGAGAACCCUUUUAUCAUCUUACCAGCAGACGACGUAACUAAAUAUAAAAAAGCCUAUUGCUGAUUAUCUGAUCUGGUUCUCUGCAAUCUUGAUAAGAUGGAAUACGACGUGAAAAAAGCUUUAAAAGACGCAAAAGAGUUUGUUAAAAACAAGAACUACAGUUCAGCCUUGGACACCUGUAAGGGUAUAUUGAAACAUGAAAAGAACAACUACUUGUCAUGGGUUUUGAGUGCAGUCUCUUUUCAAGAACUUGGCCAAAGUGAAAAAGCCUUGACAGCUUUUGUUAAAGCAACUGAGCUACAACCAGAUCAACUGACUGCCUGGCAAGGGCUAGCAGCAUUUUUGGAACAAGAAAGAAAUCAAUUGGUGGUCACUACUGAUGGUGGUCAACAGUCACAAGAGCUUGCACAGAAGCUAUGUGAUGUGUACAAAAAGCUAGAAUGCCUUCUUAAAAGUGAUCCUGUGAAACAUUUAAAUAUCUUGAAGAAGCAAUGUGAACUGUACACAACAUUAGGACAGCUUGAGAAUUCUGCUGACAGAGCAACCCUUCUUCUGAAUAAAGGAGACAAAGAAAUAACCAAAUCUGUAGCAAAGACACUGUCCCCUGUUUUAUCUCUUUUGGAUCAUCCAACACUACAAAUUCUUGGAAGUUCACUUGAUGAACUAGUUGACCCAGAAGGCGAAAAAUUAGACAAAUUUUUCAUUGAGCAAAAGCUUUUGGUUGCGUUGCAAUUGAAGCAGUAUUCGAAGGCGGUAACCGUGGCUUCUGAAAUUCUUAUUUCAAACCCAAAACAUGUUCCAUCCCUGGAAGUCAUUGCCCAUGCAUUUGUUGAAGAAGAAAAAAUUGAUGUUUCGCUUGAUCGAGUUGGACAAAUAAUUGAUGCAUUGCUGUCGGGGAAUCCAAAAAGCGAAUAUGGUUUACUAGCAAAAGCACGGUGGUUGCUCUUGAAUGCAAAACCGUUGGAAGCCAAACAAUUAUUAGAAUUUAUGAACACCAAGGACGCGACGCGUAAAUCACGUAUUCUUUGUGAAGCGUACCAAGAAUUACAUCAGUGGGCAAAAAUGGAAAACAUUUGCCGCGACGGCUUGGAGUCUACUGUUUCGGCAGAAUCGGAUCAGCGUUUUUGGAAAUUGAUGCUGAUAAAAAGCUUAAUGGAAGCCGGUGGAGAUGAACGUCUUAAAGAAGCGUCGAUGUUCUUGGAUAAUAUUCGGGAUGAAGCAAAGAACUUAAUUUUGUUUCGAUUAUUAGAUACUACAUUUCAUUUGCGUUCCAACCAAUUGGAAAAAUGCAAACAUAAUCUUGACAUACUAGAAGAGGAACAACCAGUCGACAAUAUGGAUAAGGUACUUCUUAUCAAAGCCGAAUAUUUGGAAAAAAUCGGACGCGACGUGGACGUUACGCAGCUAAUAGAUCAUGUUUGUGAAAGCUAUCCACAAAACGUCGAAGUAUUAUUGAAGGCGGCAAAAAUGUUAUGGCACAGUUCCAGUAACCGCGGGAAGAGCGUCGCCAUUAUGCUUAACGUCAUUAAGCUGAAUCGAGAUAUUGCAGAACCAUACGUGUUUGUGGGGACGUUUUAUGGCGAACAACAGCACAAUCCUUCAAGCUUGCAACGAGCUGUGCGAUGCCUUGAGAAGGCCUUCCAAUUAGAUCCCUAUGAAAUAAGAACGUGUCAAAAGUUGCUGGAACUCUAUCGGUUGCUUGAUGAUAUUCCAAGUGCCGUUAAACUUUUGGAGGUUGUCGUCCGAUGUAAUGCAAAAAAUCGUCGAUGGGCUUGGUUGCAGAAAGGUCUUCUGCACUUAAAAAUGUUCCAGAAACAGAAACAUGUUCCGGAAAAGGAAAAAGAAGCUGGCUUGGCUAUUACAUGCUUGCAAAACGCGAUGGCUAUCGACUCCAAUGAUAGUUCAGGCUGGGAAGCCUUGGGCGAAGCCUAUAUUGCUCGUGGAUCGUAUACUGCUGCUUUGAAAGCAUUCCAGCGGGCGUCCGAAUUGAACCCUCAAUCGACUUACUCGUCAUAUCAAAUCGCCUCCAUCAAACAAAUAAUGGGUGAAAACGCAGAGGCUGUAGACGCAUUUGAAGCUCUCCUCAAGCGCACUCCAGACUAUGUGCCUGCCCUUAAAGGACUUGCUGAAACCGUUCUAAAUCAGGCAAUUGAUUACCUAACGGACGGUUUCACUGGCAGAACUGUGGACUGCUGUUCGAAAGCUUUUGAUUUGCUCGUGAAAGCAAGUAGACUCAAUAGCCACUUAGCCUGUGUAUGGGCUCUAUUAGGUCAAGUCUGUUUGCUGCUUCGGAAUAUUCCGGAUGCAGAUUUCAUGUUGCUGAACGUACCGCAAGUGCUUCAUCCAGACAAAGAUCUUCCCAUUACCAAAAAUCUGGUGAUGGAGAUGGGUCCGAAAUUCUUCUUGUCUGCAUUGAGGUUGCUGCCUGAUUCAGGUGCGUUGUGGCACAAUUUGGCUUUAUCUUAUCAAUCCUGUUGGAAACUCAAUGAAACUGCAGCCCACAAGUCUUCUGCAUUGGCGGCUAUCAAGAAAGCCAUUACUUUGGAGCCUAAAGAUUCUUCACACUGGGAUUUGCUGGGUCUGAUUGCUACUGAACCAGCCGUCCGGCAGCACGCCUUUAUUCGUGCCUUGGAGCUUAGUCCUAACGCACCAAGAACUGCUGCCACCUGGACUCACUUAGGAGCACUGUAUAUGGAAAACGGCGACCUGCAUCUUGCCCAUGAAUGCUUCAAACAAUCGCAAAACAUCGACCCAUUCCAUGUCCCGGCUUGGAUUGGCCAGGGAAAUAUUGCCGAACAAUUGAGUCCGGAGGAAGCGAUGGACCUAUUCCGACACACAGCAACCAUUGGUAGCGGUACUCCCGGCCAGUGUGAAGGAAGUCCAUCCUACGCUCAAUGGGUGAUCAACACUUUGGCUGAUCCUCUAGCCAAACAGACGGCCCAUUAUCGCUAUAGCAUUGUCCAGAUGCACGCUGUGCCAACUGCGAUUGACAGUCUAGUCAAGUAUGUCGCACUCUACCCUAACGACAGUUGCGCACUCAAUUUACUAGGACUCCUCUACGAACGCCAAGGAUUACUUUCGAAAGCCGAAGAAGCCUUCUUAAACGGUAUUGAACAUCUAAGUUUGGAUGAUAGCACGGUCAGCAGAACCCGCAUGGACAAGAUGAAAGCUAAUUUGGCCAGACUUUACACUUCUCUUGAUCGAUGUGAUGAAGCCACUGAACUGUACGGCACAUUGCAGGAAUCCGAGCUAAGCUCAGCGUGUGGAAUUGCUCUUGCUCACUUCAAAGCCAACAGACAUGCCGAGGCUUAUGUUACCUAUGAAGCAGCCUUGAAUUGGCUGGCUUCAGAUGACGAGAAACGUUCUCAUUUAUUGGUAGCUAUGGCAAUGGCAGCGUUUCGACGCGAUUUCCCCGACGCCGAAGCAGCAAAUUUGCUUCUUUACGAAAGCUCACAAUUGCAACCACCCUCCGUCUAUGGAUUGUUAGCUCUUGGAGCACUCGGUCUGCUAACAGAAGACGAUACCUUGACUACAGCCGCUUUCCAGGAAUUGUUACCGUAUCAGACAGAGUCACGCUAUGUAGCAGACAUCAGCCGGUUGUCAUCGUAUCAGCAAUCGCUUUUUGGAAACGAACUACAAGGGCAACGUGAAAUUGCGCGCAAUAUUCAUAUGCUGCCCAACGUUCCUGAGCUAUGGACAUUAUUGGCUUCUUUUAAAGCUUCAGUUGUAGUCCAGGCGUCUCAUUCUCGGCCGUCUGAUGGAUUGCAGGUGGCUCGUUGGGCUGAGAUUGCAUUUAGUGCUCGGUGCCAGAGUGACUCGGCUGCAGACCAUGUUUUUCAAACCAUCGAUAUGUCGCAAGUUAUUUCGCUCAUCAGUCUGGGCUAUCUACUAGCCGGAGAGGGCACUACCAGUCUUACAACAGCACAGAAGGCCGUUCACUGCAAUCCGCAUUCAGCCGCUUCGUGGUCCGUCUUGCUUGCAGCUGCCCUUCCUUUCUGGAGUGGAACGGGCAUUGGUAAUGAUCGGAUUCAACGGCUAGGUUGGCUAAAGAAAUUGAUCGAACAUUUGCGCCGCAAAUGCGAUGUGACGGUGUAUUCCCGUUUAACGCCAUGGCUUGGCCAUUACGAACGCCGGUUGGUUUCAUUCUUGAGCCAAUCUUGAUGUAUUUCGGCUUCAGAUUCCAAUAAAGCUUAUGAAUCAAA